AUAUUAUCGGUUCAGGAUGGAGUAAGUGUUUCAGUUAGUUUUCUGAUUGUUAAUUUAUCUAUAAACAUUUUUAGGUUAGUUAGGUACCUAAUUAUUUUUCAUGACUGAAAUUAGCAUGCUGAAAAUUGGGGAUAGGUUCAGCUCAUUCGCUAACGCAAAGAAGGCGAUUGAGGAACUUGGUGAAAAUACGUACACAACAUUUUGGAAACGAGAUGCCCGUACGAUUGCAAGCAGUAAAAUUGUGAGACCAAUAGAAAGCUCUUUGAUUUAUUAUCAACUUCUAUAUGCAUGUAAUCACGGUGGAAAGAAGUUUAAGGGCGGUGGGAAAAAAAUUCGAGAGUCUUGGACAUUUAAAGAAGAUUGCCCAGUACAUGUAAGAUUCAAAGCAUCGUCUGAUGGAAAAGCACUCGAGGUAACAUCGGUUCAAAUGAAGCACAAUCAUGUCACUUCGAAGGUUCUACAUGCACAUAACCCUAGCCAAAGAAAACUUUCCAGUAACAUGAAGGAAAGCGUCAAGGAUUAUUUGAAUAUGAAGGCCAAUAGAAAAAUGAUACAGCAAAAAGUUCAAGAAAGUACUGGUGCCAAUGUAGCUGUUUUGCGAGACGAAGACAAUAAUUUCAGAGGACUUUUCAUUCAAAGUCCAACCAUGUACAAUGAAGGCUUUUCCAGAAUUUCUUGCAGUAGAUGCUACAUAUAAAUUACUUAAAAUAGGAUUACCUGUUUUUCUCAUAAAGGACGUCCAAAAGGACAGGACUUAACAGUCAUGGAACUACCAAAGAAAAA